AUGAUCAUCCGGUUUCGAUCCAAAUCUGGAAUGGUCCGGGUAUCGGCGGACCCGGCGCAGGCAUUCAGCGAUGCCCUCCAAGACGCCACCGCACAAUUUGCGUUUUCGGGUGGCGAUCUCUAUGUGAACAACUCGCCGGGCGAGAAGGGCAAACCUGCCACCGACUUUGCCGGAAAGCUGGUCUCCGACCUCGGCUUGAAGAAUGGCGACAUUCUCUUUUUGCAUCUAGAGACCAGCGAUCUGGCCGUGCCAGAAGCCGGUGCAGCCGGCGGCCCUGUCACGGCGGUGGCGCAGUCUGUCAACGGCACCAUUGCGAUCAGCGGCGAGGAGAUCUCAGACAUUGUUGGCCAAAACGCAAAGCUGUCCCAGUUGCCUGUGGACGAUCUUCUAGACAAGCAGGAAGGAAUGAUUCUGCGCCCGAAACUGUAUAUGUGUAGGCACGGAGAGAAGGGAAUGUGCGAGUACUGCUCGCCGUUGCCGCCCUGGAACCGGGACUACUUGGACGAGUACGGCGUCAAGCACAAGUCGUUCCAUGCACACGUGAAGGAGUUGAACGAGCAGCAGAACAACCGCGCCAGCGGCCUGUCGUACAUCGCCCCGCUCAAGGGGCCCGACUACUCGAUCGACUUGCGCUGUGCAAACGGCCACUCGCCAUAUCCCAAGGGAAUAUGCUCCAAGUGCCAGCCUGCGCCCAUCACCCUCCAACAACAAAAGUUCCGCAUGGUCGACCACUUGGAGUAUGCCGACCACACCAUCCUCAAUAAGUUCAUCGACACAUGGAGACAGUCUGGCGUGCAGCCGUACGGCGUUCUAUACGGCCGAUACGAGCCGUACGAGAAGGUGCCUCUUGGCAUCAAAGCGGUUGUCGAGGCCAUUUUCGAGCCGCCCCAGGCGAGCGAGCUUGACGGCGUCACGCUUCUCGAGUGGAAGGACGAAGAGUUGGUCGACAAGGUAGCCGGUGGGUUGGGGCUCUACAAAGUAGGAGUGGUCUUCACCGACUUGACGGACGCAAAAACAUCCGACGGAAAAGUCUUGUGCAAGAGACACAAGGACAGUUUCUUUCUCUCGUGCGUCGAGGCCAUCAUGGCUGCGCGUAACCAGGUGCGGUACCCCAAUGUGACCCAGUGGGCCAAGUCCGGGCGCUUCUCGUCGAAGUUUGUCACGUGCGUCAUCACGGGCGGUCUUGAGGGCGAAAUCGAGCCUCGUGCGUACCAGGUCUCGGCCAGCGCAGAGGCCUUGGUCAAGGCUGACGACAUCAGUGCUUCGACGCACCCAAACAUGAUUCACAUCAAGGAAACGAGUGGGACGCGGUACGUGCCAGACGUGUUCUACUCGAAGAUCAACGAGUAUGGCUUGGAGGUCAAGGAGAACGCCAAGCCUGCUUUUCCCGUGGACUUUCUCUUGGUCACGUUGCUGGACUCCUUCCCCUUAGCACCCGAACCAAUGUUUGUGCUGCAGUUUCCGAUAGAGGCGAGAGACUUUAUUGGCGAGCUCCAGAACACGCAAGCUGUGCAAACGCAGUUGCUGCUGGGCAACGGCGAUUUGUCUAACCUCCGGGACUUCCAUUUUUUGGUAUACUUGAUCAAUAUGGAGAUUUUGAGCGGGGACGAAAUUGACUUGCUACUCCGUUGUGUUAAGGACAAGAAGACUGAAGACUACGUGGCUCUCUUGGAGUCCGGUGGCUGGAUGACCCUCCUCACCAUUUUGGAGCAUAGUGCCUGA